AGAUGGAAUUUUGAUCAUAUUAGUUUAUUGUUGUAUUAGAACAUUGCAGUUUUGAUGGAUUGUCUAUAUCCUUGCUUUUUUUUUUACUUCUUAACUUGUAACUUUGGUUUAUGGAUCUAUUUGAAUUUGUAUUUGUUUUUAAAUUGUCCUUGAUAUAGUAAAACUGUUUUGCUCUUGAUGCUAGCUUCGAAAUGUGGAAUUUCGAUCACAUUUGGCUGCUUACAGUAUAAUUCCUUUUUAAAUUUGGAAUAACUUCCUUGGAUAGAGUUAGAAAUUGCAAUGAUGACCAUGGUCAAAGUUUCUCUUUUUUAUUCUCGACAUAAGAUUCUAAUUGAGUUUCUCCUAGUUUUGCUUUCUUAAUCUAGUACAAUGAACUUUGCACUCAAGUUGAAGGAAAUGUUUGGACAUAUCUUUUUUCUUCAUAUUACAGUCUGGAAUUUGGACUUCUCAUGCCGUCAAAUUAAAAUAUCUUCAAGGCUGUUGUAACAUUGAGAAGUUCAGGCAUUGCUUGUUUUUUUGCUGAAUGAAGAUACAUAUUCAAUUCCUUCGAUCAAGUGGAAAGGCACUAAAUGUGUUUAUAGGCCACUUUUGUUCUAAAUGCACUAAACAAGAAGAUAGUGCCACCUCGAAAAGCCAGACCACUGAUGGCACGUGUAUACAUGGGUUAAUCGCACCGUCCAGCAAGGAUGAAUUGUCGGCUGUACCUGAAGUUGCUGGUGAUGACAGAAAUACAGAAGUGCCUAAUGUCCAGUUGAAAGAGAAGCCAGUUCUCGGUUUUGACCCUCCUAGGAAGCCGAGGGCAAGACAUAGACUCAAAAUCUGGAUCAGCACUCGGCACAAUGGCAUAAUUGGACGAUGCGGUAAUAAACUGGAUUUAGGUUUCUUCAAUGGGGCGAAGCGGUUAUCAGCUGAAUAUUUGAAUACUGGCUGGCCAGAUUGGCUUGUGACUGUGGCACCUGAGGCAGUGCAAGGCUGGGCCCCACUGCGAGCUGAUUCGUUUGAGAGAUUAAGUAAGAUUGGACAAGGGACUUAUAGUAGUGUUUACAAAGCUCGGGAUCUUAGAACAGCCAAAAUUGUUGCGCUCAAGAAGGUUCGGUUUGUCAAUACAGAUCCUGAAAGUGUGCGCUUUAUGGCUAGAGAAAUAUGUGUUCUUCGGAAACUCAAUCAUCCCAAUGUUAUAAAGUUGGAAGGGAUAGUAACAUCUCCUGUUUCACAAAACCUAUAUCUCGUCUUUGAAUACAUGGAACAUGACCUUGUUGGCCUUGCUGCAACUCCAGAACUCAAGGUCACCGAGUCACAGGUCAAGUGCUUGAUGCAACAGAUACUUAGUGGCCUUGAUCAUUGCCACAGCAAAGGAAUUCUUCAUCGUGACAUGAAGGGCUCCAAUCUCUUGAUUGAUAGCAAUGGUGUUUUGAAGAUUGCUGACUUUGGCUUAGCAACAUUUUAUGAUCCUGAGAGUCGGCAACCACUGACAAGCCGUGUUGCAACAUUGUGGUACAGACCACCGGAACUUCUGCUUGGUGCCACCAGGUACAGUGCUGCUGUGGAUAUGUGGAGUACAGGGUGCAUUUUUGGGGAAUUGCUGACUGCCAAGCCAGUCAUGCCAGGCAGAACUGAGGUGGAGCAAAUUCACAAGAUUUUCAAGCUCUGUGGAUCACCUUCUGACGAGUACUGGCAGAAAUUGGAAGUGCCCCCAACAGGGAUGUUCAAGCCCCUGUGCCAGUAUAAGCGGUGCAUUGCCGAGAAUUUCAAAGAUUUACCUCCAUUAGCUCUAGUUCUUCUAGAUAACUUGCUUGCAUUAGAACCAGAAGCUCGUGGAACAGCUGCCUCGAGUCUUCAGAGUGACUUUUUCAGAACAGAGCCACUUGCUUGCAGCCCUUCGGACUUGCCAAAGUGUCCACCGAGCAAAGAAUAUGAUGCUAGACUCCGACAAGAGGAAGCAAGAAGACAAAGAAGGGCAGAAUCUGUUCGAUCAGGAAUUGAGAAUCCUAGAGAAAACAUUGCUGCAUAUGGUUCUAUUAAACCGCAGAGGCUUCAGCAUACCAAAACAAGGUUCAAUAGCGCACAUCUCAAUCCAAAGGAUGAUCAACUGACGUUGGCUACUGAGGUACAACCUCUAGGGUUUGAUUCCACAUGGAACAAGGGAGGUAACAAUUAUAUGGACCAUCACGAAGUACCUGAACGCAAAUACAAAUCUGGCCGAUUGGCAAAUUCCAACAUUUCAAGGACAAAGGGCUCAGACAUGUUUAAACCUGAAUCGACUGGCGUAGGGAACAUUAUGCCUGCUUCUCACAACAAAGAGAUGGGAGUAAAAGGCCCAAUGGUGGACUACAAGGGUAAGAGCAAAGUAGUCAAUUUCUCUGGUCCAGUGGCUACUCAAGAUGGGAACAUACAGGAUAUGCUUAGAGAACAUGAGCGGAAUGUUCAGGAAGCGGUGCGCAAAGCGCGCUGCAUCAAGAGUUGAGAUCUGUGAAACAGAUGAUUGGGAUCGAACUGUCUAAGAUUCCAGCAUUUCAAAGUUCAAAGUCCUGGGAUGGCAGUAUGCAUGUUUCUACAAAGCAUCUCUAGAAGAGCAACUUCUCUCCAAAUGGGCAUAAUUAAUUGAAAAAGAACUACUGCCAUUUUUGUACAGCUGAUGAUCAUUACAAGAGUUGGGUGAUACCGAUAGCAUUAUUUUUAAGCGAGGCAGAUGCCUUGUGAGCUUAAUGAGCAUAUGCUGCCAUUUGUAUUGAAUGUGUACUAAGGGGGCAUGGUGAAGCUUAGGGGCUGGAGGUCUAAGAAAUACAAGCCAAGGUUUGUAGCGGAUUUUUGACGGUUCAUGGUCCUCAUAUUUUGUCUUCGUGAUGAUAUUUGAAGUAUAAGAAGAUUUGCAAGGAAGGAUGUAGUACACUACAAAUACCACAGAUUGCUCUAGUAAAUUAUCCUGAACAUAAAGAACAUAGUUCUGAACAAACAUUGAGUUGAGAAGAUGGCAAAUUUCUCAUGAUAAAGCAAUGUAGU